UAUAUUCAGUAUGGCUGCCGAGACAAAAUAUUGCUUGAACAUAUCGUGCACUUCAAAGCCCGGCUUGUAACUACUGAGCUUUUACAACGCAUUUAUUGAAAAAAAAAAUAUCAAGUGUUUGUGAUAUUUCUCAGUGAUGUUAUUGAUGGUUAUUUAAUUACGAAAAUCAAAGCAUCUAAGAAGCACUACUGAGAAAAAGAACAUUUUCUAACAAUGGCACCAUUCAAACUGCGAUUCUCAAAAAUGUCCAAAUCACGUAGUAAGGAAAGUAGAAGUAGCAGCCAUGAGUGUGAUGAUCCACCAAUGCAGCAGACAAGUACAAACAGUCGACCUGAAACACCUGGAACUGAAUUCAAUAUUAUUGCUACUGGAAAUGAGUCUGAAGCAAAUUUCACGAAUUCUCCUCCACCUUCAUAUGAACAUGUACUUCAAGAGACACAAUUGAGACGAUCACCUAGUGAAGUUAACGAAGAGGAACAAGAGUAUAGAGAAGAGGAAGAAAAUGAAUUUAGUACCAGACAAGGUAGUAUCGAGAACAAAAGUAUGAUAGUCAGCAGAGUUCAAGAGGGUGAAAGUAGUUUGGAAGGAGCGACAAUUAUCGUCAAAGCUCCACAGAUACUUCAUAAAUCUAGCAAAGAGCUGUAUCGAGCUAUAGCGAAGCAGUGCGGAAUUUCUUGUAAAAUGAGUGAUCAGUGUCGAUGUUUGGAUUGCCAGAGUCAUUAUUUCGACUGCGAAUAUGAUAAGGAUGAACAAGAGAAGACUGACGGAGGAUUAGGUGCUGGCACACCCAUGUUUAUUGCUGAGGUAAUGCACGGUACAGCUUGUGUAAUCCUCUAAACAAUUAAUUGGCUGGAAUUCAAUGGAAAAAAGAGAAAAAGCAUCUGGAAUUGUUUUAUCGAGAUGAAAAAAGGAUUAAUCAGGUUUGAAAAUGUAUACGUAAGAUUACAGUGAUUGGAGGUCACCAAUGAAGUGAGAGAAAGAUUUAAUUAAAUAAAAAAAUCCAUAAUAAAGGCUUAUAAAAGUGUUAAACUAUAACUAUGACAGGUAAUUCAUCGUAUUAGUAUGAAGAAAAUUCAUAAAUAGUGUAUUUUCGAUACUAUGACCUUGCAGUCAUUGGUUAUUGAUUAAGUAUGGAUUGAGUCCAUUUUCCCCGCUGAAACAAACAGCGAAUAUAUAAGCAUCGGUGUCUACUCAAAAUUUUUAUAAUACUGGAUUAACAACUAGUUUGUUAAUACUUGGAUAUUUUGUCAAUGAGACUGAUUUAAUUGAUGAUAUUUUAUCAUUUAGUUAAAUUGUCAGAGAUUAUUGAGAUUUAUCUUUUCUAAUUGCUCUCAAUUGUUGUGAUUUAUUGAGAUACUACAGCAGUAUGCUAUUUAUUCUCAUCUCAAAUAAGAAAGUUUUAUUUCAAAUUUAAUUAUAUUCUACUCAUUCUUAUACAUAUAUAUUUAUAAUGAACAUUGUACUUAUUAAACAAAUCAUUAUAUGGUUACACCGAAAAGAAAUUUUUGAAAAUUGGUGCUUGAAUAGAAAAAAAGAGAUAACAAUUGCUCUUAAUAAUUAUACUUUAUUAUUAUAACUACCUUUUGUUUGCCAUGAUAAUUGUCCUGGAUGUGAAUAAAUGUAUUUGCAUUCUUUAAAUAGUCAGCAAAUAUCUAGAAAUAGGGUUUUGUAAUUAAAUGAAUAUUUUCUCAUUUUCUGUAGUGGCUGUGAUGAUUCAUUCAAGUUUAUGCAACUUAAAUUUUAUACAAAAAAGCAACGUAUUUCCAGCUUGAAUUUACUUUCAUAACUUUUCUAAGAUUUGACUUGUAAUUAUUUCUAUUGAUGUAAUAAAGCUUCAUUUAAGUAAUGAAGUAAAAGUGGAGAUACAUUCAGGUAAAAAUUUGCUAAAAAAAAAUUAAUGAACGUUAAAUCUAAUUAAAAUGUAAUAUAAAAUAUUCUAUAUAUAAACGCAACAAAAUUCAUAAAAUGGAGAAAUUAGUUUGUUAGAAUUUACACAAAUGUUUUGCUUUUUUUGCCAUUAAAUCCCCUUUCAGCUUUAAAACAGAGUUCUAUUGAGGUAAAACGGUUUUAUCAUAAAUUUAGGAUAAACUUUGAGGGGAAAAGUUAUUUGAAGAGAUGAGCUUAAGGUUCAGACACGAAAUUGUCGAAACUUUAGAUAACAAUUUCGAUUGGGUUUAAACGAAUAGAAUAUUAACAUCAUUUUAUCUGUUUUUUCGAGAAUAGGUUUUCCUAUUUCUACUAAAUGAUUCUACUAGAAUUGGGUAAUGUCAUGUCUUGAAAUAAAUAUACAAUCACGAAAUAUUUUUCUUAAUUUUUCUUGUUAAAGGGUAUAGUAAAAUCACUCUUUUUAAUCUU